AUGACGGUAGUUACACUCACCUCAGCCGACUAUGACCCCAACUGGAGAUUGGAAGCCAAAUUCUGGCGACCAGUCCAGGAAGGGCUCAGGGGUGACCGACCGGAGCCAGAACCCGACAUGCCUCUGAUUCCUAGCGAAGAAAUGUUUGGUCCCGAAAGGACGGCAAGGUACAACAUUGUGUAUGCUGGAGGACGCACUCUUCCACUGGAGCCGCUGCAAGUCCCUGUUCGGGAGGUCAAACAAGCACCCGGAGACCCAGAGGGCCGCAAUUUCGCACCAAGCAAUCCGGACCAACUGAAGAUGAUGAUCAGUGAUCAUUAUGAAAAGCACAAGGAAACCUGGGCGGAAGAGUUUGGCCCCCGCCUCAAAAGCCAUCCUGGCUGCCCUCGCGGACGAGAGAUACAGGGAACACAAGCCGGCAUUGUCGGAGUUGCUGGAACUCAUGUACAGAAUCGGCUCCAGAACGCGGAAAUCAUAAUCUUGGUAACUUCGCUCCUAGUAGCUGACGGCCACGCUGGGUCUUCCCUCGUACCGAUCAUCAAAGAUCCCGAGAUGCAGGAUCUCGCGAAAUUGAUCUACAAAGGCCUCAAAGCAGUGCUCGAAUUAUUCUGGACAAAUGGCGCAGAGAACCCUGGCAUUCCUGAAUCCAAUGUAUAUGCUUCCAGCAUCUCCGUGGUUGCUGCUGGAGAUGGGCUCUGCAGAAUGAAGCUUGCUGCUGCCUUUGCUGCGUCUUCAGGAGCCACCCCGGCCCCGCUGCUGGUGCUGUGGCUGUCGUGGUUAUGA